CUGUGUGGAGGUCGGAGUAGUUCAGUAUUGAAGAUGGCCUCAAACGAAGAGUUUAUAAGAAAAAAUAAAGUGGUCAUAGUUGACGAAGACAAAAAUACCAAGCUCCAUUACGCUGCGGCUUUGGAUAAUUUAGAAGAACUUGAAAAAAUAGUGACGAAAAAACAGAAACUUGACCCUGAGAAUUAUCUUGGAUGGACUCCGCUGAUGAUGGCGGUCAAAAACUCGCAAGCAAAGGCAGUGGACUUGCUUUUGUGUCAUGGGGCAGACGCCAGUAAAAAAAAUAAUUUUGGCCUGAAUGUGUUUGCAAUGAGUGUGGCAAGUGGCGACCUCGACAUGGUCGAGCGCCUUUUAAACCACCUCCUUUGUGGGGGCAUAUCAAGACAAAGUUUGCACAAAACCAUUUCUCCGGUUUCUUUGGCUCUUUUAUUCGGACACGAUCACAUUUUCAAGUAUUUACUGGAGCGCCAUUUUGACCCGAACGCCGCCACACCAUUGACAGGAAUCACUCCGGCGAUGUUUGCGGCCGCUUUGGCCAACAACAAGGCCAUGAAAAUGUUAAUGUUAUCUAACGCCGACCUGUCGUUGAAAAACUGUUUGGGGAAAACGGCCUCAGACAUCGCGCAAUCAAGGCACAGGAAGCUCGAUAUUGCUCUCAAAAAGCAGCAACCGAACGUUCCCUUCUUUGUAAUCAACCAAACUACGAAUUCGCCAGUUUUUCAGCUGGCUCCAAAUUUUGCCAGUGGAGAAGGGCACUUGAGGAAAUCUUCAAAUACUUUAACCCCAAGUGCUCCAAAUUUGCUGUGUGCUAAUGUUACACCUAUUGCUCCAGUGACACCUCACACCAUGCCGCAGAUGUUUUUCCCACCGAAUUUUACGCCCAGCAAUUAUGCAACUCCAGUGGGAGCGUUCGAUUCUUCACAUCUUAGUUUCUUGAACGCCGCUAUGACUCCGUCAACUAUGUUCUUCUCGCCUUUUUCUCCACAACCGAUGCCUUUGUAGUAUGUUAAGGUUUGAUAAGUGAUUUUAAAUGUGAUGUUACCAGUUUUAAUAUUUUUGUACGUUUUUAAAAUUUUACGCAAUAAUUGUAGGCACAACUGACUUUUCAUUAAAUAAAUAUUUUCGACUAAUAA